AUGAGUCGAACAAUUAGUUUACCAGAUCAAAAUGCUGAAUGUAAUCAUGAAUCAAUUAUAAGUAGAGUUAUUUAUACGGAAAAUAAAAAUGGAUUAUUUUCAACGGAUCCUGCAAUGACCACUACAAACAAUUUAAACAAUACACAGAAUGCUCUAUUAUUAAAAUCGUGUACAGUAAAAUCUAAUAUGAAAGAUUUUGAUCAUGAUGGCAAAGAUAUUCAUUUUAGCCAGUUUACAAAUAAUUACCCGUUAGCAAAUUCAUCUCCAAACUCAUUUAUUAGUGCUCCUCAAUGUGCUGGAUGUAAACAAUUGGUAAUGGAUCGAACAAUUCUACAAGUUCUUAAUCAAAGUUGGCAUGUAAACUGUUUGAAAUGUAUGGAUUGUGGUAUGUCUUUAUCAGAAAAAUGUUUUGUACGAACCGAUGAAUUGUACUGUAAAGAAGAUUUUUUUCGUCGCUUUGGAACAAAAUGUGCCGGCUGUGAUAAAGGUAUUCCACCGAUGGAAGUUGUUCGUACAGCUCAAGAAAAUGUAUAUCAUUUAGAUUGUUUUUCAUGUGUCAGUUGUGCACGUUUAUUAAAUACAGGCGAUGAAUUCUAUUUGUUACGUGAUCGAAAAUUAAUGUGCAAAUCAGAUUUUGAAGCGGCUAAAGCGAGAGAAGCAGAAUUAGAUAAUGCUAAUAAACGUCCAAGAACAACUAUUUCAGCUAAACAAUUAGAAGCUCUUAAAAGAGUUUAUGGUGAAAGUCCAAAACCUGUACGUCAUAUCAGAGAACAACUUAGUGAAGAGACUGGUUUAGAUAUGCGUGUAGUACAAGUAUGGUUUCAAAAUCGUAGGGCAAAAGAGAAGCGAUUAAAAAAAGAUGCUGGAAGAAAUAUUUGGUCCGUAUCUGAUUCAUUAUUAAUCAGUAGUACAAAUACAAGUACCAAUAGUAAUACACCUCUUUGUAUGGAUGAAUCCUAUUUAUUUUCAACAUGUUCAAAAGAUUUAGACAAAAAUUCUGCAACAUACUGUGGUGGUGAUAAUUCAAUUAUAUUGGAUGAUUCUACAAGUGGAGAUGAAUAUUUAUCUAAGGAUGAAUUUCAACGUUCUGGUUCAAGUGAUUCAGAUAGUAACUGUUCAGAAGAAUCUGAAGAUUUAAAUCAGUCUUUAAAUUUUUCUGUUGCAUGCGACUCUUCACAUUCAAAACAUCUGACAGAUAUAUCAAUCACAGACAAAUUUCCAAUAAAUAGAGAGGAAUUUCUAGCUCACGAUAAUAAUAAUAAUAAUAAUUCUACACGUUUUCAAGCAUUUUUAAAAUCUAACUUCUGUGAGAAUCAAUCACUUCACAAUUUAACUUCAACAAAAUCAGAACAAGUAAAUGAUAUGAAAUUACACAGUUCUAGUCAUACAUACCUGUCUAGUCCACAACAUCAACAUCAACCUUUUUCAGUAGAUAAUCAAUCGUUCACUGCAGAUAAUAAUGAUAGUAUCCAAACGCACAGCAUAGAAAAUAAUACAAGCAUUUUAUGUGAUCCAGAUAAUAAGAAUCAUAAUAUUUUACGUUUUACAACUAAUCCAUUUGGUUCAAAUUGUUUUAAUUUGAACAAGCAAAUAUUGUCUAACAACAAUAAGUCAACAACAAAAGAAACAUAUUUACAACCUGUUGACUUUUAUUCUUAUGGUGUAAGUGCUAGCAGUCUUUCAGGAUGUAGUAUUCCUCAGUCAAGUUCAUUGUGA